CGAGUGCGGCGGGUCAGUGGCAGGGACCCGCAGCAUCUGUCAGUCAUGACGGCGGCCGCGCCUUCGCAGCAGCGGCCCGCGGCGGCCCGGGCCCGGAACCUGCCCUGGGUUGAGAAGUACCGGCCACAGACCCUGGCCGAUCUCAUUUCUCACCAGGACAUUCUGAGUACCAUUCAGAAGUUCAUCAGUGAAGACCGCCUGCCACACCUACUUCUCUAUGGCCCUCCAGGGACAGGAAAGACAUCCACCAUCCUGGCCUGUGCCAAGCAACUGUACAAAGAUAAAGAAUUUGGCUCCAUGGUCUUGGAGCUGAAUGCUUCUGACGACCGAGGGAUCGAUAUUGUUCGGGGGCCAAUCCUCAGCUUUGCCAGCACAAGGACAAUCUUCAAGAAAGGGUUUAAGCUUGUGAUCCUGGACGAAGCCGACGCCAUGACUCAGGAUGCCCAGAACGCCUUGAGACGAGUGAUUGAGAAGUUCACAGAAAACACCAGGUUCUGCCUCAUCUGUAACUACCUGUCCAAGAUCAUCCCUGCCUUGCAGUCUCGGUGCACGAGGUUCCGAUUUGGCCCUCUGACACCCGAGCUCAUGGUCCCUCGACUGGAACAUGUAGUACAAGAAGAGAAUGUGGAUAUAAGUGAAGAUGGAAUGAAGGCCCUUGUCACUCUGUCCAGUGGGGACAUGCGAAGGGCUUUGAACAUCCUUCAGAGUACCAAUAUGGCCUUUGGGAAGGUGACAGAGGAGACUGUCUACACCUGCACCGGACACCCACUCAAGACGGACAUUGCCAAUAUACUGGACUGGAUGCUCAAUCAGGACUUCACCACUGCCUACAAAAACAUCAUGGAGCUGAAGACUCUGAAGGGCUUGGCGCUGCAUGACAUCCUGACAGAGGUUCACUUGUUUGUACACAGAGUUGACUUUCCAUCUUCAGUUCGGAUACACUUAUUGACCAAAAUGGCAGACAUCGAGUACAGACUUUCUGUUGGCACCAGUGAGAAGAUACAGCUGAGCUCCCUCAUCGCCGCUUUUCAAGUCACCAGAGACCUGAUAGUUGCAGAGGCCUAGAAGCUCUGAGGCCUGGCCCCUGGGUGACUGGAGGACAGAGGACAUGCUGCCCUGGGCCACUGGAUAAACCCAGUCACAGAAGUCUCUCUGCAGGCAUUUAGGUACUGCUCUCUGUGGCUGUUUGGAGCAGGGAUGGACAGGGCAACUUUAAUCCAUAAUGAUCGACACUGCUUGUCUUUAUAGGGGAAACUACCCUGUCCCGUGGUGAGGGCUGCUUCAAAGUCUUUACUAUCAGUCACUGGGAUGACAAAUUGGCUGCAGCUGAGUUGCGUCCUGUCUUCCAACUCUAAAUGGGUGCUAGUAGGUUUCUAAUCAAAUAUUUUAUUACAAAAUUUCAAAAUCAGUCUUUUGCCCAAAGUGCUGACAUGCCUAUAACCUCAGGACCCAGGAGGCUGAGGCAGAAUUGCCAGGCAGCUGCAGGUCAGCCUAGUGAGACAGACUCUGUCUCAGGAACAAUGCAGUGGCCUUUCCCACUUUUAGAAGGCUUGCCAGCAGGUUCCAAAUUCUAUUGUGAAAAUAGGAAAGAAACUACAACAGUUUGCCUUCAGACUGCACACCUCACUUGUUGGGGGGAAUGGGGCACUGCAGACGUUCCUGCCGCACUGCUGGGCUGUGUUUUUACCAAGUCCUUCACAGGAAGAAUAAAGCGUGUGUUCAGAGUUUAA